AUGGACCUUUCGGAUUCAACAGAUUUCUUCGAGAUAAAUAUAAACAACGUUACAGAUUACAGGAAUUCUAAAUCAUUGAAAUAUAUUGGACAAUUUACUAAAGUGUUCAAGUUACAGUUUGAAAAUCCAAGAACGGUGUCUAAUUCCAAAAAGUUUAUAAUAACUACAACUAACCAAAGACGGCGGAUGAAAAAUGUUGAAAAUUCUGAAUUAAAAAUUAAAUCUCUUCCGUAUCAAAUAAUAUUGAUAAAAGUAAUGUCAAUUGAAUUAAUUCCAUGGAGCAUUAACUAUAUACACAAUUUAACUAAAAAACACAAGACAGUUCUCCCAUUAUCUUUCACCAAAGCAAAAUAUGAUGAACCUUCAACAAUUCUCAAACGUGUUAAAACUAUUGAAAUUAGUAUAAUUUUAACCCGCUUAAAAGAUGAAAUAACUGGAAAGAUUUUGCAAAUUUUAAACAAUAUAUUUAUGAAAACCAAGAAAGAUAAAAUGAUUAAAUCUAUACAUAAAGUAUUGAAAAAAUCUAAUGAGCCAAUUCCAGUCAGAUCUGAAUCAACCAAGUAUUUUAAUUUAGACGAAGUACAAAGCGAUGCCUCUAGUGAUUUAGAUGUAAUUAAAAAAAAUAAUCAAUCUCCAAUUUUUAAGAUGCUUUAUUUAUCUUUUAGCUAUAAGAAAACAAACUUUCUUUAUAAAUACAUAUUUGGAGACCAUAAAGGUCAAUUUGGUAACAGAGUUUACCACGUAGCUUAUUUUACCGUGGAACUAGAUGGUUACGGAAAAACCUCAACAAAUAAUAUCUCCGAUGAUAAAAAUUCAGGGAAACGUUCCGAUGGAAAAAUUAAAUUAACUUUUAAAAAAUGUGACAGCGAAUGUAGUAAAAAACUAAGUGAUUCAUCAGAUACUUUAAGCAUCGUAGAGUUACCAGAAGAAAUUGCUCAGAUCACUCGCGUAACAAAAUGCAAAGAGUUUGAAUGUAACUUUAAAAAACAUAGACAUUUACCACCGGCGCGUGAUGAUCAAAUCCUGUUGGAUCUAACAAGUUCAAGAACAAAUUGUUGUACUAAAACGAUCGAAAAGGUGGAAGAAACAGUAGGCGGAGUUACGGCUAAGAUGAAAAUCGGUCAUGAUCCUUGUUUUUGUUCAUGCGAAUGUGGUUUAUUUACCUAUAGCAAAAAAACAACAUAUUGUACCAUUUGUGGUGGGUAUGAACUAGCGGGAGACGAAAUAACGCGGAAGGCUGCGUAUGAAACACCAAUGCCGUGUCCAAUUUACCACAAGCUAGUGGAUAAAAAUAAAUUAAAAACUUGGAGCACGUCGGGUAGUGACAGUAAGAAAAAAGGUGAUUCAGGCGCCAAAGUGAGCUCAGGUCAAAAAGUAACAGCUGAUAAACGCUCAGUUAGUGAAAAAAAAAGCGUUGAAUCCGAAAAGGGUAAAAAGAAAAAAAAUGAUAAAUUUAAAUUCAACUACGGCUACAAAGGUAUACCUCCUCAAAUUGGACACAGCAAAUGUACCUUACCGUGCACAGGUACUUUAGAGAAUGUCCCAAAGAACAUGGGAUGGCUUUGGUCAGCUGAAAAUACGCCAGGGAUGAAGUUUCGUCCGUUAUGGAAACCAGGGGCUAUUAAUAAGCAUGUACUAAGGUUGCUACGGAUGGCACGACACCCAGGCCAGGUUAUAUCUAAAAAGAAAAGAAAAGACACGGGGAAGAAGAAGCGACCUCUAAAACGACCUUUAAUUGUAAUUCAUAAAAAAGAUGGUGAAUACACUGUUACAAUGGAGACUAUGAAAACUUAUUCGAAACCAAGAACACUAAACCAACAGCCGUACGAAGAUAAGCCUGUAGUAACUUAUAAAAUAGGCAGAACAGACGAGGAAAAUCGUGAACGUUUAAAAAGAAAAGAACGUGAACAAAGACGCCUUGAAAGAGAGCAACGCCAUUUUAUUCAAAGUGCCUUUAGAGAUAUGUGCCACGAAAUAUGUUUAAAAACAUAUCAACAAGCCCUCGAAAUUUUACCCAAUGCUGAAGAUCCUGAAUGUUCGUGUUACCCAGCAUCGCCAACUGCUAAAGAUACAAACAUGGAUCUUUCGUGUUCUUGUUCUGAAGAUAAAUCGGCUACUGAUCGUUCCGAUACUGAUUGUGAUGAGUGGAUUGUUGAAUUUACACCACCCAACGCUACAUAUGAUCCUGUUUAUAAAGGUAAAAAAAUCUUAAAAGUUGACAAUGGAUCACAGUACACAUACUUGGAUUACAAAGUAAAACUUCUGGAUAGAUAUGGAAAUCCCAUACCUAGAUAUUUCAAAGGUCCUGAUGGAAAACAGGAGUGUAGUGAUUUAGGUGGAUUUUGGAGUCCAGAACAUCAGUGGUUACAAAUAAAUGUGGAUGGUUAUAUAGCACCCGAUGGGAGGUGGGCUCCUUUCAAUUUUAUAGGACCGAGUGGAGAACAAGUAGAAGCUGAAGCUGGUAAAUUUCAAGCAAUGAAUGGCAAAUGGUUAAUAGUUGGCGUCGACGGUUUCGUUGACAGUCAAGGUAAAUGGAGAUUUUAUCCCCAAUCAAAAAAAAUGGUAAAAAAGAGAUCUGUUUCUGCCAAAGGAGGGAAUAAGAAAUCAACAGACAAAAUAGUAGCGAAACCUGUUAUUGAAUCCGAAGGUUGGAGUUGUUUUGGUGACGUAUCUCCUAAACAGCUAUCGAAAUUAGGAAUUGUUGGUCACGGCGAAGAUCGUAAGUUACUACUUUUAAAGUUACAAAAACUAUUGGAAGGUGGAGAAGAUGUAAGAAUACCACAACCCUCUAGACUACCUCGUUCACCACUCAUAAACUCCGGAAGAAGAGGAAGAGAUUGUCUGUUUCUUUCUCGAAGUUUGCAAGAAAGAUAUAAAUGUCGUCAUCCCACACCAUCCGAAAAAGGAAUUGUAGCCAUGGACGAUCACGGCAAUAAAACUUAUUUCCGAUUGAGGAACUAUAGGAAUAGGAGACCGAAUGAACGGAUGACCAUGUUGACGGAUCAGGGCAUAAGUAUUAGCUCUUUUCACGUUCCGUGUUUCCAUUCUUUUAUUAAUUCAGAAGUAAUGCAACAGCAACAAAGAGAUCGAAUAAUCGCACUUUCUCAGAAAAGCAGCACUAGAUAACUCCCUUUGCGGGUUAUUUUUUUUUUUGGUGUACGAAUUUGUUGUGUAGGUUCAAAUGAUGUUUUAGGUGCAAGUUUAUUAUUUAUUUGGUACUGUGCUAAGUAAAAUUUGUUAACGUUAUGUAAUUAUUAAGAGAAAAUAAAUUAGAAUCAUCAAUGUUUUACAUUCGGUAUUUUUUCUAAGAACUAGGGACAUACUACAAUAAUCUUUUUUGUUGUAGAGAAUUUUUAUUUAUUUUUAUUUGUGCGAGUGUAAGUGCGAGUCGGACACUUAUAAAAAUGGCAAAUAAUUAUGUCCCUUAAUUUAUUUUAACAUAAUUUUUUCUUUUUAAAGUAACUCAAUAUUCUGUGAAUCUUUAGAGCGUCUGCCUGCCGUUUCCUGUCGUUGCCGUUAUCAAUAUUGAGCAAAAACGAGUUAAGAAAUCACAUUUGCUGCCAUCUUAAAUAAUAUAUAUUUUUGGAGUUUACUCCUUAAGAAUCGAUUUUUUAUAUAUAAGGCGCCCGGUAUGAGAAAAAUCCGAGGGUUAAAACCAACUGAACUAACGAAAAAGUGUCACGUUUUUGGUGCGCAACUUUCUAAUUUAGCUGUGAGUGUAUUGAGACGUACAUAGGGUAUGCUGUAUAGGCGACUAUACCUAUAUACUAUAUGUUAUUGGGCUUGUUUGUUUAAUGAUUAUAUCAUUGUAAGAGUAAAAUAUAUAAUGUGAAGUAUAUUAUAAAGUCUAUUAGUUAUUUUACAAUUCUAUACAUUAAGUCUUCUUUAACAUAAGUAUUACUAAUGCCCUACUCGAUGUGCACUGUUUACCAACAAAAAAAAGUGUGUAUGUUAAAAAAAACAAAAAGUUAGCUCGAAGCACGUCUCAAUACUCGCGCCUUAUAAGUGAAAGGUGCGCAACCGAGGUGCAGCAGGCCGCGGCGUGCGCACCCGCCUACAGCGUGCACAUGGGUGCGAUGUGCAAGUUGUUGGCGGCACAGCGCACGGUGAAAGGUGCGCAGAAUAGGUUGCGCACAAAAAACGUAAC